AUGGCACAGUCAAGUAUAAAAACAUCCUUGGUGUUUAAUGUGACGAGGCGGGAUGCGGAACUAGUCCCUCCGGCAAGGCCUACCCCGUAUGAGUAUAAGGAACUUUCCGACAUUGACGACCAAGAAGGCCUCCGGUUCCAGAUCCCAGGAAUCCUGUUCUACCGAAAUGAGGACAAGAACUUAACCGGGUCCAACUACAGGGGACGGGACCCGGCCAAGGUGAUCAAGGAGGCCGUGGCGAAGGCAUUGGUGUGGUAUUACCCGCUCGCCGCCGGUCGACUUAUGGAGAUAUCAGGGAGGAAGCUGAUGGUGAAUUGUAAUGGGGAAGGGAUCAUGUUUAUUGAGGCUGAGGCUGAUGCUGAUGCUGAUGUUACUCUACAGGAUUUUGGGGAGGCACUUCAACCUCCUUUUCCUUGUUUCGAACAACUUCUUUUUGAUGUCCCCGGUUCUACAAAUGUCUUAGAUUCCCCUCUGAUUCUCAUCCAGGUGACUAGACUUAAAUGUGGUGGAUUCAUAUUAGCAAUCCGAUUAAACCACACAAUGACUGAUGCUCCAGGCCUAUUUCAAUUCAUGAACGCAGUGGCUGAGCUCGCCCGUGGGGCUCAAUCCCCGUCAAUUCUGCCUGUAUGGGAACGCCACCUUCUGAUCGCUCGAGAACCACCCCGAGCAACCUGUGAGCACCGCGAGUAUGAUGAGGUGGCUAACAGUAACAUUAACAACACCAUUAUUCCACUUGAUGACAUGGUUCACAAGUCCUUUUUCUUUGGGCCCACCGAGAUAGCAGCUCUCAAACGAUUCAUCCCACCAUACGUAAAAUCAUCAACCUUUGAAAUUAUUACUGCAUGUCUUUGGAGAUGCCGCACGAUUAGCUUACAACUUGAUCCAGAAGAAAUAGUUCGAAUGAUUUGCAUUGUCAACUCUAGGUCCUUAUUCAAUCCACCUUUACCUUUGGGAUUUUACGGCAACACCUUUGCUUUUCCGGUAGCUAUUUCCUCCGCCGGCAAACUUUCCAGCAACCCAAUUGGUUACGCCUUUGACCUCAUUAAAAAGACCAAGGCUAAUGUUACACAAAAGUACAUGUUGUCACUUGCUGCCUUUAUGGUCCUCAAAGGUAGACCCCACUUCACAGUGGUUCGAACCUUCAUGGUUUCUGAUGUCACCCGUACAGGUUUUGGUGAAUUGGACUAUGGUUGGGGUCCUUCAAAAUAUGGGGGCCCCGCUAAAGCUGGAGUCGGAGCUAUACCGGGAGUGGCAAGUUUUUAUAUCCCGUUUAAGAACGGGAAAGGAGAAAGAGGAAUUGUAGUUCCCAUUUGUUUACCAGGGAAUGCUAUGCAGAUUUUUAUUAAGGAGUUAAACAGCUUGUUAGGUGAUUCGCCUGAACAUCCAAUUGCUAGUUCUGGAUUAUCUCGUUCUAUUUCUUCUUCUUUGUGAGAGUACUGCGUACUUGUUCUACUCCGUAUGUAUUUCUUCUUCACUUCUCUGUGCGAGUACAAGUCCACUAUAGUACCUUUUUUUAAUCUUUCCAAAAUCAUCUUUCCAAUUCUUUUCUUUCCUUUUUAAUAUUCUCUUUGUAAUUUUAAUUUUUAACCUUGUAAUUCUAUUGAUUUAUCAAUAAAAAAAACCUUAAGAUCA